CGUUGACACCCUCGCCAUGAGCUCAGGGACGACGACAACGGAGGAGGAGAGCGGCAAGGGGCCGCCGCCGCAGCACCAGCACCACUUCGUGCUGGUGCACGGCGCCUGCCACGGCGCGUGGUGCUGGUACAAGGUGGCCACGCUCCUGGCCUCCGCGGGCCACCGCGUCACGGCGCUCGACAUGGCGGGGUGCGGCGCCAGCCCCGUGCGCGGCGAGGACGUGGCGUCCUUCGAGGACUACAGCCGCCCGCUCCUGGACGCGGUGGGAGCGCUUCCGCCCGGGGAGCGAGCGGUCCUCGUCGGCCAUAGCUUCGGCGGCCAGAGCCUCGCGCUGGCCAUGGAGAGGUACCCUGAACGAGUCGCCGUCGCGGUGUUCGUCUCGGCCGCCAUGCCCGCCGCCGGCAAGCCCAUGGCGCUCGUCUUGCAAGAGUUUUCGCGAGAAAUAGGGCCAGAUUUUUACAUGGACUGCAUAUACAGCACCGGCAGCGAACCUGAGCAUCCGGUGGAGACACUUCUGCUAGGGCCAGAGUACUUGGCCAAGAGACUGUACCAGCUCAGCCCUCCUGAGGACCUGACCUUGGCAAUGGCGAUGGUGAGGCCGUCUCGAUGGUUCGAGGACGACGCGACGCUGAGGAGGGAUGACGGGCUGACGGCGGGCAGGUACGGCGCCGUUAGGCGGGUGUGCGUCGUUGCCGAGGACGACGCGUCGUGGUCGGCGGAGUUCCAGCGGCGCAUGGCCUCGUGGAGCCCCGGCGCCGAGGUGAGGGGCCUGCGGGGAGCCGACCAUAUGCCCAUGCUCUCCAAGCCAGCGGACCUCUCGGACAUGCUUGUUGAGGUAGCCAACAAGUACAGUUCCGAUUUGGAGGACCCUGCCUGAUCGUAGUAGGAUCAGCGACGUAUGGUUUCUGAAUCGGUGGUGAUCGGGAAGAUGUUCAAAUCUUAUUGCAUCCACACCAUCACCAUGAAAUUAUUAAGAUGUACAAUCUGACUUUUUGAUAUGGUAGGGCUUCAUUUUGAAACCCACAGGCUUCUAAAUUCCAUAAUCAGGUAGGAUAAUGGAACU